AUGCCUGACAAGCCCGCCACUGUCGUCGCAUAUGCGGCUGGCGCUUCUCUUGCUGCGAUCGCUGCGUUCUACGUCUUCGCGCCAACCUUCUUCAUCGACGGCGAGAAUUCCUACAAUACGAAUGAUGGCCGCAAACGCACCAUCAUUGGCCUGUCCAAUCCGGCCAACGAUUGCUUCAUUAACUCGGUGCUUCAAGCCCUUGCAGGACUCGGCGACCUCAGGCUGUACCUGAUCAAGGAGUUGCACCGGAGACAGCUUGACGGACCCGAGAUUUAUGAAUCCAUUCCCCCUGUUUUGCGCAAAGGUGAAAAAGCCGAUAAAAUAGUGGGUUUACAGAAAGGGCCAGUUACCAGGGCGUUGAAGGAGAUGCUGGACGCUUUGAACGAGCGUCCCAUAUACAAAAAGACCAUCAGUGCACGGCCCAUGAUAGAGGCAUUGGAGAGGGCAUUUAAUACACGCAUUAGUCGAAAUCAGCAAGAUGCGCAGGAAUUUCUACAGAUUGUCCUCGAACGGCUCUGCGACGAAUACCAUGCAGCACAGCGAGCGCGUCUUAGGUUUGCCAAUCCAGAUCAGACCGAAGAUUCCUCCACUGCAGAUUCAAAGCUUUCUCCUACAACACCAGCAUCAACGGAGGUCACUAUAGGAGCUCGUGAGGGAUUUCCUUUCGAAGGCCGCAUCGAAUCCCACAUUCAGUGCCAGCGUUGUGGCUUUAGGACGAAACCGACAGUCACAACUUUUGUGUCUCUGACCCUGAAUGUUCCUCAGAAGAGCGCUACCUCGUUAGACAACUGUUUCGACAUCCUCCUCAAAAGCGAAGAAAUCGACGAUUUUAAAUGCGACAAAUGCCGGUUGACGCAUGCUCUGGACUGGAAGAAUUCAAAGCUGUCCUCAGCCACAACAGACAAAGGCCGAGAAGCGCUAGAGAAAGACAUUGGUCUCAUUGAGCAGGCGCUACGUGAUGACCCGGAGAAGACUCCCGAGGGCGUCGCCUUGCCUGACACGAGUCUGGCACCAAGGAGCAAGAUUAAAAAGUCGACUCGCAUCACAGUGUUUCCCAAAGUGAUCGCCAUUCAUCUGUCUCGGUCAGUCUUCGAUCCAGGCAGCUAUUCCACCAAAAACAUGGCCAAAGUGUCAUAUACUCAAAGAUUGCGUCUGGGAGGGCUGUUAAAUGAACAUUGGUACAAACUCUUGGGAGUGGUAUGUCACAAGGGCAGCCAUCACAGUGGACACUACGAGUCUUUCCGAAGGAAUCAUGUGUAUGCCCCCUUUGCUACUCCCGACCCGUUUAGUGCAUACGCCAUCGCAAGUCGCUAUACGAGCUUUGCUCCGUCAGCCACACCCAGUCCGACUAUUGAGGCCACGCAUGGUGAGGGCCUGAAUGGGUCCGCCGCGCCUGCCACUGGGAACUCAACUACAUCAUUGUCCACAGCCUCACUAUCGACCGGGAACAGCAGGCCAAAUUCUAAUGGAGUAGAUAGCAAGGAUGCCCGGCAAUCGACGCAAGAGGACGGCGUCAUGUCGCCAGUACAGAGAACGGAUACCCAAGUGUCGAAACAGAUCAGAACACAAGAUGCCAUACCAGGCAAGUUCCGGCGACGGAAAAAAUCCAACGAUCGAUGGUGGCGCAUAUCGGACGACAAAAUCAAGGAGGCACGUCUGUCGGAUGUGCUCUCGAUGCAGCGUGAGGUCUACUUACUCUUCUAUGAGCUCGAAAGGCCAGGCGACGAUUCUUCCGCCUAA